CAAGUCAUUAGCCUAGCUCCUACUUCAGUUAUCCCGCCAAAAACACAAACCACCUACAAAAUGUUCAAAGUUCUGUUCGUGCUCGCCGCCUUCGCCGCCGCCCAGGCGCACGCCCAUCCCGGAGUGGUGGCCGUGGCUCCCGUGGUGGCCCACCCGGCGGUAGUCCACACGCCUAUCAUCCAUCACGGCGCCCACUCGGUGCACUCCCACGUGGUUCAUCAUCCGGCAGCCGUCAAGGUCAUCACCCCCGUGGUCCACAAGCCCGUGGUGGCGGUGCAUCAUGUCAGACCGGUGGUUCCCCUGGUUCCAGUGCAUCAUGCCGCCCCCGCUGUCCUUGUGCAUCAUUAACUGCAGUGAAUACAUGGAUGCCUUCCCGUUCC